GAUUCAGGACCGUGGCUACCACAGUGUAUGACUUGGACUUCAUCACUAGCCUGUAGGUUGUCCAUAUAUUCGCGUGACAAUGUGCAAACUAGCGUUGGGUGGAAGAUUACACGUGGGCAGUGAUGAGAGUGCCCACUGUUAGUAGCGUCACCGUGCCACGCAUCAGCCCCUCCCACACCCAUCUCAAGACAGCCACGACAGCGUCACGGAGGAGUCAUUUUAGCAUCAUUGGCGAGAAAUAAGAAGCUUAGGCCACGACUGAAGCUUGAAAGGACGUUAGAAGUGUUGCCGGUCCCCAGUUCACGGUGAGCAGGUGGUGGGUCAGACAGAGGCAGACGUAGCACCUCCCCUAGCAAGAUGCUGGCCGUCGCGAAGUGUCUCUUGGCUCUCUUUCUCGCCAUUGCUUCCGCCGAGACAGAUGCAGGCUCGGGGAAGGAUUUCUUGGCCUACGACUUCUUGUACAAUGAAGGCAUAAAAAUGUAUCUGGAGGAGAACUGGACGGGGUGCGUCAAGAACAUCGAGCUGGCACUGAAGGGCUGGCACUGGUGGAACGACAACACCGCCAGUUGUCGCAAGAACUGCAGUCAUGAGGCAAAAGAGAAAAAUCUGCUGGCCACACAUACAGACGAGGAGGACAAGUACUUUGAGCAUAUUCUACACAGCACACUCUGCCUUAUCAAGUGCAAGAAAGAAGCAUUUGGGGCACAGCGAGACCGUGUGGUGGAGAGCAACAUAAUCGCUGAAUUUAAGGAAAUGAAGCCUUAUGAUUACCUGCAACUUUGCUAUUAUCGGCUGGAGCGGGUAAAUGAUGCAGCCAAUGCAGCAGCAACGGUACUGGCAGUGCAGCCCGAUAAUGAGGUGAUGGCGGAGAACAUGAGGUACUACCUGGAGGAAGGAGGAAUUAGUACUGAGGAUGUAGUGAACCUGGAGAUGAAGCCAUACGGCCAGGAGUACGUGAAGGCAACGAUGGCAUACAAGGAAAACAACUUUGACCUGACCAUCACCCACAUGGAACGCAGCCUUAAGAUGUUCCUGGAUGAGUACCAGAACUGCCGCUACUUGUGUGAGAGCCCCUUCGACCAGGGCUGGUUCCCGGAUUUUGUCAGCUCUGUUGCCAACCACUUCACCUUCACCCUGCGCUGCAAGAGGAAGUGUCUGUGGCAGCUGAGUGACCUCUUUGGGGAGAUUGAUGACAAUUUCCUGCCCUCCUACUUUGAUUACCUCCAGUACUCUUACUUCCAGAAGGGAGAGACGAGGAAGGCGUGUGAAGCUGUGGCCACAUUCCUACACCUCAACCCGAAUGACGAAGUACAGAACCGCAACAAGGAGUUCUAUGACAGUGUGGAUGAGGUGACGCAGGACAUGUAUGUGCCCAGGAAGGAGGUGGUCGCCUUGAAGGAGCGGGAGGACUACGAGCAGCAGCUGAUGGCCUUCAUAGAGACGAACUUUGCCUUCCUCACUGAUGAGUUAUGGCAUGAAGAUGAUACAACAGAAGCAAAGCAGGUUGGUGAAUCUGAGAACUCAACCACUACUUCUACCACAGCAGAGUUGGACACCAGCUCUGUAAUUCUGGGCACUGCAGAAGUUAUUAAUGAAGAAUUAACUCAGAACCUUCUUAUAAACACUCACAUUAAAAUAGCAGCCCUAUCAUUCCAGCCUAAGUCAGAAAUAUCCAAGGAAGUCCCCAGUUUCCGGAGUCGAGUAGUGAGUCAGCUGAAGAGUCUGUCGGAGCUGGGAGUAAAGGCAGUGAAGGGGGAGUGGGAGAAAGACAAGCAAGAUAGGCUGGUUGCAGACGGCCUCACCUCUACCCUGGAAUGUAUGGUGCUGACCGAGCUGAUCAGGUUUGGUGCCGUGGAAGGUGAUGGGUACAAGGGCAGCUACUCUCCACACACUAAUGCUGAGGCUUUCCAGGGCAUCUCUCUAGGCCGUGCUGGACUGAUGGUCCACGCUGGUCUUAUUGACAAGGCUGCCCUGGAGCUGAUCCUGAGAGUGACAGACCGGUGUAGGGAUUACAUAGAGAGACACUUCCACCUGUCACAGCAGCUCUACUUUGCCUACACCCACCUUGUGUGCCGUACUGCCAAGCCUGAAAUGAAUCACAACCGCUCUGCUCUGGACUUGAGUCACGAGGUUCACGCAGACAACUGUAUCCUUCAGAACUCUGGGGAGUGCCUGAGAGUGCCACCUGCAUACACCUAUAGGGAUUACAGUGCAAUAUUGUACCUCAAUGAUGACUUUGAGGGAGGAGAGUUCAUCUUCACCCAGGACAUGUCUGGACUCACCUAUGAGUCCAGUGUGAAUCCUCAGUGUGGCCGACUGGUGGGCUUCUCCUCGGGCCCAGAGAACUCCCAUGGUGUGCUGCCUGUGCGGAAGGGGACCAGGUGCUCUAUAGGGAUGUGGUUCACGCAUGACCGGAAGCACAAUGAGGUGGAGAGGAGCAUAGCGUCACUCUUCCUCAAGCAACUCAACGCCAAGCAAAUCUAAAGAGUGGACAGUUUACCCAAAAUGCAAGAAAAUCAAGAAGACUGCAGAAGACUUCACAUGACUGCUACUGAGACACUUUCCUGUAUAUGUAUUGUGUUCUGUAUUAGCUAGAAUGCACCUUCCUAUUCCAUGUGUACCUGUGUUGCUUAUAUUUGUAGUUGUGUUAUGUGUAUUGUUAUUUGUGAUGUGGGUGAGGAGGUAUGUUUUGUAUGAGGGUAUCUGGUAUUUCAUUCUCUUCUUCUAUAUAUAUUUUUUUUUUCUGCCUUUCUUCUCUAUAUUGCUAUGUAAGUAUAUUGGUUCUUAAUUUGUAGUGUUAUAUGUUGCACUUCAUUACAUGGGUGAGUUAUAAUUUGUAUCUAAUAUUUCUUCUAAAUAUCUUUUGUGUCUCUGGCUCUUCUUCAUCUAUUUCUAUGUACCUUUUUGGGUCAGAUUUGAAUUAGUAUUUUUGUUAUGUGUUGUAGUUCCUGGCGUGGGUGAGUUGAAAGUAAUCUUAGUUUCACACAGUUCUUACCCCCCUUCCCUCUCUCUCUCUCUCUCUCUCUCUCUCUCUCUCUCUCUCUCUCUCUCUCUCUCUCUCUCUCUCUCUCUCUCUCUCUCUCUCUCUCUCUCUCUCUCUCUCUCUCUCUCUCUCUCUCUCUCUCUCUCUCUCUGCUUCAUUUAUUUCUAUGUGUACCUGUAUUGGUCAGAUUUGCAUUGCAGUUUGUAAAGGUAUGUAUAAGAGGAGUAUUCAGUAUUUUGACACAGUUCUUCCUCUAGAUAUAUAUAUAUAUUUUUUUAUAUAUAUACAUACAAAUUUUUGGCUUUCCUUUACUUGUUUGUUGGAUUAGUAAAAAUAGUUUUAUGUAUUGUAGUCUGUGAAAGUGUAAGAGAGUACUUAGUAUUUCUGCACAGUUCCUCUUUUUUACAUAUCUUUUUUUCUUUAUGUGUCUGGCUUUCCUUUACUGCUUUGUCAGAUUAGUAGGAAUAGUUUUAUGUAUUGCAGUUUGUAAAAGUGUAAGAGAGUAUUUAAUAUUUUCAGAUAGUAAUUCCUCUAGAUUUUUUUUUUCUUUAUGUCUCUGGUUUUCUGUCACUAUUUAUUGGAAUAGUAAGAAUAGUUUUAUGUAUUGCAGUUUGUUAAAAUGUGUGUGAGAAUAUUCAGCAUUUCCACGUAGUCCUUACUUUAAAUAUCUUUUUUUCUUUGUGUCUCUGGCUUUCCUUUACAUGUUUGUUGAAUUAGCAAGAUUAUGUUUGUUAUGAAUUGCAGUUUGUGAAGCUUUAUAUGAGAGUAUUUAGAAUUUUUCACACAGUACUUCCUCUUGACAUCUUUUCCCUUUGUCUCUGGCUUUCCUUCUCUAUUUGUUAGAUUUGAAGGAAUAACUUUAUGUAUUACAGUUUAUAACGGUGUGUAUGAGAGUAUUCAGUAUUUCCACACACUCCUUACUUUAAUUUUUUUUUCUUUAUGUACCUGGCUUUCCUUUACCUAUUUGUUAGAUUUGUAGGAAUAGCUUGAUGUAUUACAGUUUAUGAAGGUGUGUAUGAGAGUAUUCAGUAUUUCCACACAGUACUGCUUGAUAUCUUUUCCUGUGUCUAUGUGGAGUUGAUGUUUUCUUGCUCUCUUCUACCAGGUCACUCACUCACAUCCUCCUCAUCCUCCUCCAACAUUUGCUUUUAAUCCUGCAUUGUCCCUUCUGCAGUUAUUCUCACUUAGUGCAUCCUGGAAGUGCUUGCAAGUGUGUUUAUUGAUAAGAAGUAAAAAUAUAUUAUAGCAAAGCAGCAUAUAUAUUUUUGCUAUGGAAAAGUAUCUCUCUAUAUUUUUCUCAUUCUAUUUAUGUUUAUUUAGUGUUAAGUUAAUGGCUUUUGUUAUGAAGAAGUGUGUGUCAAUAUAUUUCAUGCUAUUUGAGUUUAUAUAGUGGUGUGUUUAUGGUUUAGUCUGUAAGGUGUUUGAAAUGGUGAGAUCUGGCAGUGUUCAGUUGAUGAGGUGAUUUUGUUUACUCAUCAUCAUCAUUAUUAUUAUUAUUAUUAUUAUUAUUAUUAUUAUUUUUACCAGUGUUUAUGUUCUAAGUUAUGAAUUUAUUUUUUCCUACCUGUUUUCAGAUGAUUAAGUCAUUUUGUUUAGUGGUGUAAAUAGUUUGAUAUGAAGAGGUUUAUGAGCCACAAAGACAAUAUUCAGACAAGAGAGAAAAUAAACAAAAAAGAUUAGUUAUGUAGUUUGGUAUAAAGUGAAGCAAGAAAGAGGAAGAUUAUGUAGCUGUGUAGUUUGAUUAUACGACAGUUUAUGAUGCGAAAUAAAAUAGUUUACCAUUGAGAUGAACUCGAUGGAAGAUAAAGGUCUAUAAGAUACAAAAAAGUAUACAUUUGACACAAACUGUAGAGGGAGAAGUCAAAGAAAUAUAAAAUAGUUUGAGAUUAUCAUAUUUUAAGACUCCUAGAAAAAUAGAAAGGAAAGGAAACCAAGUUGAAGAUUAAAUAAACAAUAAGAGGCAAGGAAGUUAAAAAAAAGACUUAAUGGUGAAUGCUUUGCUUUUCUUAUUCAAACUUUAGUAGUGUGUUUGUUUGGCUGGGAGAGGAAGGGUAGGGAGAGGGAGAUUGGAGGAAGGGAUGUUGAGAGGAGAGGAGUAGGAGUAGGAGGAGGAGUAGGCGUCCAUAUCAGUAGUGAAUCUCUCCCCUUUAAAGUUAUAUUUUCUCCUCUUCUUCCUCCUCCUCCUCUCUCAAUGCCUGGUUCUUUUCUUUUCUUUCUUGCCUUUCCUUUUUAUUCAUGAAGGCCGGAGCUCUAUUAAGUUAUAUUUGGGAUGUGAGGUGCGGUCUGUGUAAGGUCCCGCCAGGUGUGUGUGUGUGUGUGUGUAGACUGUCAGCCUUUAGUGCGGGGAGGAAGCAUUGCGACAGAGCGUGAAAUGAAUACAAAUGAUAGAUAUAGUGUAUAACGGAGAUAAAAAAGGAGUAUGUGCUGGUUAACGUAGUAUAUGUGUAUGUAUGUAUGUUUUGUAUGGAGUGCAGGAACUGUUACGAAAAAUAAAAUGAAAUAACGGAUAUGGUGGAGAUGUAAAGGAGUGUAUGUGUGUGUGUGAAGUAGUGAGUGUUACGGAAUCCUGGCCAGUAAAACAGAUUAUAUGAAAUAAGAAUAAAGUUGCUGCGACAUUCAGAGUUGAACGAAAUGUUGCGAAAUACGAACAAAGGAAACUGUGUAACGAAUGUAAAAGGAAGGAGACUUGCGGUAAAAAGACAAUAAAUAUCAAAUGAAAGCGUAAGAAUACAGGAAGAAAAAAGGAAAACGUAGAUGAAUUGUUUAGUUAACGCAAAUGAAGAGAAGAGAUGAAAAAUUACUGUAUACUGUUGCAGAAGGAAAAAAAAAGAACUAAAUAAAAUGAAUAGAUUAGUCCGUGUAAAGGAAAGAGAAAUUAAAACAGAAAAGAAAAAAAAAAGAAAUUGUUUAGUCAGUGCAAAGGAACGUAAACUAGAAGAAAAAAUAACAUGGCAGAGAAAAGAGAAAGAAAAACAUUACAAUGCCUGAGUGCAUGAAAAAAAAAAUAAUAAUAAUGAUAAUUCCGGCGCAUAACGGAAGCAACUCAGUAAUCCAGAGCUUAACAGUUGCAAAUAAAGAUAAAUGGAUGAAUAAAUAACCUCACAGACGUUUCCGUAAAGGGGUUCUCAAUCUUUUUCUCGCUAAGAAUCUUCUGAUUUAUAAUACCAUCUACCUGAACCCCCAGUACUCUGACAUCGAACAGAAUGGUAAUGGUACUAAGGAUAUUAUUGGAUCAGCCAUCUAUAGUACGUAGUGGUUUAAGUUUGGCCCUUCAUAAUACCACUCUUUCGAUCUUAACGGCGGUUUCUUUGACGCGAGAAGUUGCGCUGCCUCCUAACCUCAAAAUUACCCGAUUGAUCUUAUUACAGUACUUUUUUUUUUUUUUGUAUUCUGUAGAAAAGAAGUAAUUUUGCUUGCUUAUUUGUUUACUUAUUCAUUAUUUUUCUUUUACCUUGCAGUGUUAAAAUUUCAAAGUUAGUCCCUUUAUUUUGCCUCUGAUAAAAAAAAAGGCAGUUUUCAUAUUUUCACUUUCUUUUCAUUCGUUUUCUACGAGUGUUUAGAUUUAGAAAUUUUGUUUUUAUGUAGAAGUUCUCAGUAUUUUUGUUUAUUGAUUUAUUAUUUCUUACGAGUAUCUUGCAGUAUUCAGAAUAUCUUAGUUUAUUUGUCAUUUUUUUCUUCUUCUUUCUAUCCAGCAGUAUUUAGAUUGAAACGAGGUCCUUAUGUGUACUUUCCUCUCUCUCUCUCUCUCUCUCUCUCUCUCUCUCUCUCUCUCUCUCUCUCUCUCUCUCUCUCUCUCUCUCUCUCAACUGUUCUCAGAUACCAAGUAUUUUAUUUUCGUCUUUUUUUUUCCCCUCUUUCAAUCGUUCAUUAUGCUUCAAGAAACAGUGACAGUAUGAUUAAGGCCAGUGCAUCUAGUGAGUCAGUAUCGCUUCUAGUCACAAGGCAGGGUUGCUGAUGAAACAAAAGACAUCAUAUAGCAGAGAGAGAGAGAGAGAGAGAGAGAGAGAGAGAGAGAGAGAGAGUGUGUGUGUGUGUGUGUGUGUGUGUGUGUGUACGAUCCCGACCUAAACAGAUAUAAACAAUGAGUGAAUGAUAAUGAUAAUAGUAAUAAUAAUGAUAAUAGUAAUAAUAAUAAUAAUAAUAAUAAUGAUAAUGAUAAUAAUAAUAAUGAUAAUGAUAAUGUAAUGAUGAUGAUAAUAGUAAAGAAUGAUUCAAACACAGUAGAUCGAUAGGAAAAAAGAGAGUAUAUGUGAUAGAUAGAUAGAUCGAUAGAUAGAUAGAAGAGCAGACGUAACACACCACCCAUUGAUAGAUAAAUACAUAAAGAUAGACAUGUUUAUACCCUUUUUUUCAUUUUAUUUAUUUAUUUAUUUAUUUCAUUUAUUUCGUGCGUAUUUUUAUGUAUGAGUGGUCACGCCCAUGUCAACUAGGCUAUGUGUAUUGACACCGCAGUAAAUUUAUGACAACAA